AUGCUGGCCCGGGGGAUGCAGAUCUUUGUAGGGUUCUCUGUCUACUGGAAGCCACUCUUCAGAGGUCGCCUCCUACUAGUGACCAACACCAUCAGCUGCAGGGGACUCCUGGCCGCCGGGGACACUCUCUGCCAAGCCUGGGAGAUGAGACAGGACCCCAAAUGGAAACGGGACCUGGCCCGGACAGCUUGGAUGUUCACCAUCAGGUGCAGCAUGGGCCCCCUAAUGCACUACUGGUACCUGUGGCUGGACAACAUUUUCCCUGCUGCUGGCUUCAGCGGGAUCAUAAGUGUGUUCAUGAAGGUUUUCAUCUACCAGAUUGUAGCCUCCCCGGCACUGGGAGCUUGGUAUUUCUUGGGGAUGGGAUCAUUGGAGGAGCAAACUCUGGAUCAGAGCUGGCAGGAGCUGGAGGAUAACUUCUGGGAGUUCAACAAGAUGGAUUGGUGCAUCUGGCCACCAACACAGCUGAUCAACUUCUUGUUCCUGCCCCCCAAAUACCGUGCAGUCUACAUGAAUGUUAUCACACUCGGCUGGGACAUUUACCUGUCGUACCUGAAACAUCGGCCUAAAGAACUGCCCUCAGUCCAGAGGGAGAUUCCAAAUGGCUGGGUGAAAGUGGUAAUCUGCUCCCUCCCACGAUGA